CCUUGAUGGGCUGGAUCUCGUCGGGGACGCAGGCGGUGGCUUCGCACACGGCGUUUGGGGAUUCGGACAGUGCGUGUCUCAAGGCGGGGCCGCUUUUAUCUUCAGUCUCCCCACGGGAACAGCGGUCGCUCACCGUGAGGAUCCCGUAUUUCAUCACCAUUGCCACGCACGACACAAGGUUCGGUCGAUACGAAGAAGACCUCGCUGCCUUUCGUUAACCGGGUGGACUGUGUGAAACAUCGGAGAAGUCUCGAGAAGUGCGCAGCUCCGCCCAGAAGUGAACUAGCGGGAUCGGCAUUCGUCACACUCCUAUGCCUUCAUGGCAGCUUCCGUGGGAGUCAAUCACCAUGGCGGCCUCUAGGGGGUGGAAGUUGGUUGGUGCUGGACUUUCGGGACGUGGGAUCUCCCGUGGGAAGUUGGUGGGUCUGUUGGCCUGAAGACAAGAAGUGCCUGUGAUCUAUCCGGAAUUAGAGAUGAUGCAACCAAUAAUGCAUUACUCUAUACCAGAAACGAGAGAUCUUAAAGACGACAAAGGAUCUUAUAUGGGAUACAGCUUUCAUAUCAACGGGGUCCUUCAUUCCUGUGUCCGCUAUCGCCAGCUGCACGAUUUACAUGAGCGGCUGAGCCGCGCAUUCGGCCAAUCCACUCUUCCUCCAUUUCCUCCAAAGAGGCUGUUUCCUCUCACUUCUCAACAACUUGAAGAGAGGAGAGCACGAUUGGAGAAGUACAUUCAAGGAUUGAGUCAGGAUCCAAGGGUGAGCAACAGUUCUCUCUUCAACAAUUUCUGGGUGUCAACUCAGAGAGAGAGUAGGCAUAUGACCUUGGAGAAUGUUUCCUUGGAUGUAUUCCUCAUGAAUGGCUCCAAGCUAACCCAAGAGGUCUCUACCAUCUCCCCAACUCAUGAAGUCCAUCAGAAAGUUUGUGAGAGAUUAGGGCUUCCAGAGCGACUUUAUCCUCAUUUUGGCCUCUUCUUGAUGCAAAAGCAAGAGGAUGGAGGAGUUUCCAUGGCCAGGUACCUGCAAGACUGUGAAAGUCCUUAUAUCACUCUGAAGAGCUUUGGAAACCAGUGUCGAAUAGUGAUAAGAAAAAAGACAUGGGACCCAGGGAUUGAGCUGGAAGUGUUGCGAGAUCCAGUUGGCUUAAACCUGGCUUACAUGCAGACAGUGGCAGACAUUGAACAUGGCUGGGUCCCAGUUCCCACUGAUGUCCAGGAGGCCCUGGCUCGCCUUCAAUCUAGAGGAGCUAAACAGCAGUAUAUGGAGGAUGCAAGGAAGCAAAGGUUCUAUGGGUGCAUCCAAUUUGACCCCUGUGUUUGUGAUCACCCGGAACCGGGAACCCGGGUCACAAUUCGGAUGAGCUGUAAGGAGAUGAUCAUGUGGUGUGCAGAAAAGACAUGCAAUGCAGCUGCUGCCUCCCCACCUAUCCGUGAGACUGUGUUUCGUGUUACUCGCAUCAAGUGCUGGCGUAUCACCACCAAACCAAAACCACUGCCUGAUGAGACAGAAGAUGAGAGAAUACCAACUGAUCCAGAGACCAAGGAAAUGGAACUGGAGUUGGCCUUUGAGUAUUUGGUAGCAAAAGAUGAGUUGCAAUGGGUGAGAAUCACAAGCCCUCAGGCUGUUCUCAUGUCUCUCUGCUUACAUUCCAUGGUGCAGGAAAUUUUCCAAACUCAGCACAAGAAUCAUUCUGAUCAUCCCACUGAUGGAGGGGAGUCAUCAAGAAAUGGUAUGAGGGUCAGCUCCUCCCUCAGCUGGCUUAGUGGAAAAAUUAAAGGCAGAACACCAAGCCAACCUGAGGUGCAAAAUUCUGUUUUCAACAAUAUUGGAGAUGAUGACUUGUGAUUAUUUUUUCCUUUUUAAUAUGAGAUUUUGGAUGGCACAGAUUUAAGUUAUUUAAAAAGAAAAGCAAACUGUGCCUUCCACAUAUCCCUGCUUGUAUACCGUGGAAUCCCUCUGUGGUGUAAGGUUUAAAAAAAAAUGUAGAAACCCUAUUGGGAUUUUGUUUUGACUCAGUUAGACCAUUUAGGGACUGUUCUCUGUUUCCUGACUUCUAUUUCCGUCCUUUUCAUGAAUUCUUUUAGUUGCAUAUGCCAUGGGUGGGUGACCAGUGGUUAUUAUAUAUUCAGCUAUAUUUUAUAUAUGAAUAAAAGUAUAUAUUCAGAAUCACUCUA